UGGAUUUCAUCAUUCUUUGGUUGAAUCUCGUUCGGCAAACAGCUCUCUGUAGAGUUUCAAAAUUAUACAAAAUUUCCCAAACUAUUUUUAUACAAAAUUCAAUAAAACAUGUCGUGUAAUAAAUCUUAUGGACCCGGACCUGGAGCUUAUAACCUGCCCAGUACUUUUGGAUACAAUAACUGCGACAAGCGGGUGCAGCGAAGCCCGCAGUUCUCCUUUGGAACGAGUGCAAGAUCUUGCAACAAUGCCUCAAAGGUUGAAGGUCCCGGACCUGCUGCAUAUAAUUUGGGCAAGGUCACGCGAUUUGGAAGGCCUUCUGCUGAGGCGGACCCUGUUUUCCGUGGCCACAGUCGUCGCUAAUUUGUGUAGUCAAAUGUUUUAAGCAUGCAUGGUAUAAAUAUAGUUUCUAAUUUAUUGA